AGAGAGAGAGAGAGAGAGAGAGAGAGAGAGAGAGAGAGAGAGAAUAAGUUGAAAGGAAAAGAGAUAGAACAAAAGGUUUUUCCGUGGAAGCUCACUAAAAAGGCGUGAAUAGCUGUGUUGAUAAUAUAAAAUUCACAGAACAACUGGGUUUCACCAAAAAUACCACUAAGCUUUUAUACACAUUUUCCUUCUGUAUAUUUUUACGAGUACAGUCAUGGCCCGAUAAAUCAGGUCAGCCAACGGUGAAGUAUCUAGGCUUGCGCGUAACGUACGAAGCCUGGCGGUCCCAGGGAACGCCAGUCUAUUUUUAGAAUCCGCUAUAUUUAGCACGCGGAAACCAGCCAGUCAGCGCGCACACUAUAUUUAACAGCCGGAUAGCGAAAGUAUAAGUAGCUACACCGUUAGGUGGUAAGUUAUACACAUACGUUUCAUACACUUAAGCGUACACGAAAAAUUGUGUGGUGCGAUUAAAUACUGACACUCGGAGAGACUAUUCUUUUUUCUUCUCAGAAGAAGAACAAGUACAACUUGUGAAACAACAAUGAAGAGUUUGUUCUCAUCAUGUAUUCAGCGCCAGCAAAGCACUGAGGUUGAAAUUCGGUGUCCCCGGCGUAAGAUGGUGAUCGUCGGUGACGGGGAAUGCGGCAAGACCUGUCUCGUGUCUCGUAUGUCCACGGGCAGCUUCACGGACGUGGGUUACAUACCGACUGUGUUCGAAACUGAGUUGGUGACGGUGAACACUGGAGAAGAGAAGGUGGAGCUGGUCAUCCACGACACCGCCGGGCAAGAAGACUACGACAGACUGCGCCCCUUCUCCUACGCCGACAUAGAUGUCGUUCUCGUCUGUUUCUCCCUCGCAGACUCGGACACCCUGGUGAAUGUGGCCGAGAACUGGUCUCCAGAAAUCAGGUACUACUGCGGCGGCGCUCCGGUCAUUCUGGUCGGGAAUAAGAAGGAUUUGAGAGACAGGCCCGAGGGAGAAACCGACGGAGAACUCUCUGGUUUUAAAACUCCUUCGUCUGGGUCAUCUGGCUCACUUCUUUCUACAGAAGAGAAAGAAAAAUUCCAGUCGACAUCAUCUAUUCCAGAUGAACUAGAGUCACAGCUGGCGUCUGACGAGCCAUCAUCACAUGCUUCUACCACUACUGGAAAAUCGUCAACUAUUACGUCCUCAAAAAAGGUGUACCGACGAGGUGCCCCUGUCAAACACAGCGAUGGUGCCCUGAUGGCCCGCCGUAUCGGGGCCAUAGCUUACUUCGAAACCUCUGCCCUGGACGGGGAGAACACAGAGGAGCUCCUGCUGGCGACCACAAAGGCAGCCAUUCUGGGCAACAAGAAGGCGAAGAAAUUCAAGCCUCUCAAAGCAACGCUAGCGAAAUGGACAUCUACAACAAUCCACUCAUGAAAUCGUGAAAUGACUAAAACGCCAUGAAUCGUAACAGUGAUCUCCAUCACUGCAAGAGAAAGCAACCAAUUACAGUAUAGCUCCCCGGCUGCUGUCGCUGCAAUUUCUGCCCACAACAGGACAGCGUCCUGACCCAUCCCUUGGAGCGUUUAAAAACCCUGUCCGGUGGUCUAACCACGGAGCAACACCUACGCAAAUCGAUGACUGCAUCGACGUCAACAAACGCUCCUGGUGUAGGGACUUCAUCAGGAACCUACACUCGGCCAAGACAGAAACAGAUUUACAUCGUAACCAUCUCAGGAUAUGAUCCACGAGAGACAUCGCAGCCAUCCCAAGGCCUGAUCCACAAGGUAUUCAAAUGGUGACCACUGACUCUGAUUUAUUCAGGAGCUCUUCUGAAUUUUACACACUGACUUUCUCCUCUUUCUAUAACUUCCACGAUUCUGUGAUCGCGCGCCGAUAGCUCUGUUGGUAGCAUGCUGGAUUACAGGGCGGAUUGACCUAGUUUGAAUCCUCAACGAAGCUGAAAUCGGUAAUUGUGUCAAGUGAAGACUUGCGUGAUAUUAUGUGACUGUUUGAACUGGGAGGUCGUGCAACGUGUGAAAAAUAAUUGUUAAAAUUAAAUUAUGACAUGAAGUGCUAAUUUGACUGUGUGGAUGAAAAUGGAUGCUAUAUGUUGUAACCGUGUUUACCUUGUAGAUUUUAUGACGUGCCUCUUACGGAGAGAGGGGGUGACAACUGUGAUAUACCAUACUUUUUCCAAACAUACAUGUCGGCCCUAUUUCAUCUAUUUUUGUAUUUAUAAUUUAUAUGUCGUAUGUAUAGGGUCGUGCAAUUAAUUUUGCGAAACUGCGAAUGUGUUUUGAUGUCCUUACAAGUUUUGUGUGAUAUUGAGUUAUUGUACAAAAUAACCCCUGCCGUCUUUCAGCGUUAUAAAUAUAAUUUCUGUGCAUACUGUACUCACCAGUCAUCAUAUUAUAAUGUCAUAAUGUCUUUCUGAUAUUGGAGAAAACAAUUAUUUGGACUUAACGUUCUUGCUCUUGCCAUUUUGACUUUAAAUGACAUUUUCAGAAAUAUAAAAAAACAAAAAUAAAAAUCCCCAAAACAAGAA